GAAAGAGUCAAUGGAUAGAUAAAACAACUUUUAAUUAUCUUUGACUUUUUCUCAAUUGAUGUAAUGAAGUGAUGGAAUGUAUUACUUAACUAAUUAUCUUUUUAUUCAGCAUUAGACAGUUUUAUUAUGAUUAGCAAAGUUUUGUUUCAUUCUUUAGGUUAAUCAUGGGUGAAAGAGUUCUAGUGUUCCUACACCUCCUUUUCAGUUAUUUGUUUGUUGUUGUUGUAACAAAAACAUCAAAUGAGGAUUACCUUGCACUUCUGACUUUAAAGUAUGAGUGGAAGAAUACGCCGCCGAGUUGGGAGGGAUCAGAAGAUCCUUGUGGCGACCAUUGGGAAGGAAUUGAGUGCAUCAAUUCGCGCGUUACCACCAUAUCACUGGCAAGCAUGGAUUUGUCUGGUCAGCUUUCUGCAGAUAUUGGAUUACUAUCUGAAUUGCAGAUUUUGGUUCUGUCCUACAAUAAGAAUUUAACAGGACCACUUCAUGCUGAAAUUGGAAACUUGAAAAAGCUGACAAACUUACAACUUAUUAAUUGUGGUUUCAUUGGUCCUAUCCCAGAUACAAUAGGAAAUCUACAAAGGCUUGUUUUCUUAUCAUUAAAUUCUAAUAGAUUCAGUGGGAAAAUUCCACCUGCUAUUGGUAAUCUCUCAAGUAUUUAUUGGCUAGACUUAGCAGAAAAUCAGCUUGAAGGCCGCAUUCCAAUAUCUAAUGGAACUACUCCUGGUCUUGAUAUGUUGCACAAAACAAAACACUUUCAUUUUGGGCGGAAUAAGCUUUCAGGAAAUAUUCCACCUCAACUUUUUAGCUCUCAAAUGUCUUUGAUACAUGUCCUUUUUGAAAGUAACCAAUUUACUGGCAGCAUUCCAUCAACACUUGGACUUGUCCAGCACCUUGAAGUAGUGCGCUUGGAUCACAAUUUUUUAGGUGGACCUUUGCCUAAAAACAUCAACAAUCUUACAAAAGUUAGGGAAUUGUUCCUGUCGAACAAUCGCAUAACUGGUCCCUUACCAGACCUUACUGGAAUGAAUGUCCUCAGCUACCUGGAUAUGAACAAUAACAGUUUUGAUCAAUCCGAAUUUCCACCUUGGUUGUCAACUCUACAAUCUCUAACAACAAUAAUGAUGGAGAAUAUACAACUUCAAGGACUUAUUCCUGUUUCUUUGUUCAGCCUAGAACAGUUACAAACAGUGAUGCUGAAAAACAACCAGCUGAAUGGAACUUUGGAUAUUGGCACAUCCAUUAGUGACCAACUGGGAGUCCUUGAUUUACAGACUAAUUUUAUUGAAAAUUUUGAUCCACAAAUUGAUGUCUCUAAAGUUGAGAUAAUACUUGUGGAAAAUCCAGUUUGCCAAGACGCAGGAGUUGUAAAAACUUACUGCUCCAUUACAAAAACCAACGACUCGUAUACAACACCGACAAAUAACUGUGUGCCGAUUACCUGCACCUCAAAUCAGAUAUUAAGCCCAAAAUGCAAAUGUGCAUAUCCAUAUACAGGAACUUUAACCCUUAGAGCUCCUUCCUUCUCAGACUUGGGAAACAAGACUGUUUUUGCAAUGCUGGAGUACACUCUAAUGGAAUCUUUUAGAAAUCAUGACAAACCUGUUGAUUCAGUUUCUUUAAGCAAUCCAAGGAAGAAUGUAUAUCAGUAUCUUGAUUUGAAUUUAGAAAUAUUUCCAUCAGAUCAAGUUUCUUUUGAUAGAACCGCGAUUUCUGGCAUAGGCUUUAUUCUUAGCAACCAAACAUACAAGCCUCCUCCAAUUUUUGGACCAUUUUAUUUCAUUGCUGAUAAGUAUGAACACUAUCUGAAUGAUUCGGUAAUAGCAGGUCAUGUGCCAUCUAGUAAAUCUUCAAAUAUUGGCAUCAUAGCUGGAGCUGCUAUUGGGGGUUCGGUCAUGUUGGUGUUACUACUCCUUGCAGUUGUUUAUGGUUUUCGCCAAAAGAACAAGGCAAGAAGAGCAAAGAAGAAAAGCAACCUUUUUGAACAAUGGGGUCCUGAUGAGAGCAAUAGUAGCAUCCCACAGUUAAAAGGAGCAAGGCGCUUCUCUUUCGAUGAGAUUCAGAACUACACCAAAAAAUUUGCACAAGUCAAUUAUGUAGGAGCUGGAGGUUAUGGAAAGGUUUAUAGGGGAACUCUUCCCAAUGGGCAACUAAUUGCAGUAAAAAGAGCUCAAAAGGAAUCAAUCCAAGGAGGGCUAGAGUUCAAAACAGAGAUUGAACUUCUAUCAAGGGUCCACCAUAAAAAUCUUGUUAGCCUUAUUGGUUUUUGCUUUGAGCAAGGAGAACAAAUACUGGUUUAUGAGUAUGUUGUAAAUGGUACUUUGACAGAUGCUCUUUUAGGGAAGUCAGGAAUUAGAUUGGACUGGAUUAGAAGGCUUAAAAUUGCCCUUGGUGCUGCUAGGGGGCUGGAUUAUCUACAUGAACUUGCCAAUCCUCCUAUCAUACAUAGAGAUGUUAAAUCUACAAACAUUUUACUCGACGAACGCUUGAAUGCUAAAGUAUCUGAUUUUGGUCUCUCCAAGCCUUUGGGUGAUGGUGCAAAAGGAUAUAUUACAACUCAAGUCAAAGGGACAAUGGGCUACUUGGAUCCAGAGUAUUACAUGACUCAACAAUUGACUGAGAAGAGUGAUGUUUAUAGCUUCGGAGUGCUAAUGUUAGAGUUGGUAACUGCAAGAAGGCCAAUCGAAAGAGGGAAAUAUAUUGUGAAAGUUGUUAAGAAUGCGAUUGACAAAACAAAAGAAUUAUAUGGUCUUACGGAAAUCCUUGAUCCUGUCAUUGAUUUGAGGACAUCAUUGAACAGUUUCGAAAAAUUUAUGGAUCUUGCAAUGCAAUGUGUUGAAGAGUCAAGUUCAAACAGACCAUCAAUGAACUAUGCAUUGAAAGAAAUUGAAAACAUGUUGCUAUUGGCUGGCUCAAACCCUAAUGCUGAAUCAGCACCUACUUCAUCUAGUUAUAAUGCAAGUGGAAAUUCUAUGCAUCCUUAUGAUAAUGAGUACUUUGAUUCAAGUGUUGUACUUCCACGUGCAUAAAGUGUACUUAUGUAGGAUUUCAUUUUCAUUUUUCAACUCAAAAGUAACUUGUUGGAGUAAUGUAUAAAGGGUGGAUGUUGUUAAUCUUGUGUAUUAUAUUGUUAGCUAAAGAUUGAACAUGAUUGAAGCUGAAGUUUGAUGUCACUUUCUUGUAUAUUUUCAGAUUUUUGUUAGCUUAAUUUUGUAACAUUUACUACUAAACACAUUAUUGAAAUGGAGUCUAUUCAAGUUGGUUGGUUUGAGUAA